UGUAAAUGUAAAUAAAGCUUCUCUUUUUGUUUUGAAUGAAAAUAACUCGUCAUUACCCCGCACUUUGACUGGCUAAGUUAUCUAUUGGCAAACUAUACUAAAAACAAAAUUCCCUUGAAAGUAAUUUCAAAUUCUGUUGACGGAUAUUUCAAUAAGAAACACCCGGAGAGAAAGACGGAAUUUGUAAGAACUGCUUAGAUAAACUUUUUUCAUUCAUUUAAGCUUCAUAAGUUUGUUGUUCUCAGGAAACCGUCAAAGUUGAAGAGAGUAUUGGAUGAUUUUAAAGUGUAACUCGCCGCACCGUUACCUACACGUAAAAGUUGUAAUGUUGCCAAAAGAGUUGUUGUUAGUGGUUUUAUGUCUCGUAUUGACUUCAGAUCCAAUCCUCUCCCAACUAUUACCGGGUUACGAGAUCACUGUGUUACAACACGAAAAAAAACGAACGUCGGAGUUACCAAAACUUCAACAAGCCAAUCGGAGCACUUGCUGUAAACUGGGCAGAAGUCUUGCAAAACGUGGUUUCACAGAAUGUAGCAACAGACGAAACAAUAUAUCGAGACUAGACAAGUUGCUUUCACGCAAUGCUGGACGCACUAUUCUUGUUUCUAAACGACUUGUGCGAAAAUGCGAACUCGUCUACUCAAAGUAUUUUGCAAAAUGCUGCUUUCGUGUGAUUCAAAAAGACGUUAUUUAUCACAAGCGAAAAGCUACGAAAUAUUUACUAACCGCCAUAUCGAAAUUGACAACUGACAAUUAAAACCUCUUUUUUCAUGCAUGACAUGGUGAUAUGUGUAGCUACACCAAAAGAAAUUUAUUAAUAUUAUUAUGACUAGAAUUGUAUUCAACUUAACUUACAAAAUGAAAUUUACAUACAUGUUAUAUCUAACCAAA